AUGAAGGUCUCGACUGCUAUUCGUGAUGCAAUAAUUUUAGAGGGUUCAACCUCGAUGCAAAAUAAAGACAUUGUACCGAUUCCAAUAAAGAGAAGACGAUGGGGAUAUUACGGCUACAUUUCAUAUUGGGCUAUAAACUCUCUAUGUGUCUCAACUUGGUCAGCAGGCUCAUCACUUUUAUCAAUGGGUCUAAAUGGUUCACAUACCAUUGGAAUUGUUAUUGUUGCUAACGCUUUGAUAUCGAUCGCGGCCAUCUUAAAUAGCGUAUAUGGCUCCGAAUAUCAUAUUGGAUAUUCAGUCUAUCAACGAAUUAUAUUUGGGAUACGUGGGUCCUAUAUUGGCGUUCUUAUUCGGGUUAUACUUUCAGUAGUAUGGUUUGCAUCUCAAAGUUGGUUAGGUGGCCUUUGUGUGAAUGUUUUAAUAUCCUCUUGGAGCAAAAAUUAUUUGAAUAUGUCCAAUUCUUUUCCCGCUAGUGUCAAUAUGAGUACUCAAGAGCUGGUCGGUUUUAUUAUCUACCUUGUAAUCAGUAUUCCAUUUUUAAUGGUUAGACCUGAGUAUUUUGAUACCUUUCUUGCGAUGGGUUCAUGCGCGGUAUUUUUUGUAGGCAUGGGUAUUACAAUUUGGGCAGUUCAUGAUAAUGAAAACAAUUAUGGUAAUCUCAUGAACACUAAAAUUUCUCUAUCUAAAUCAGAAGUUGCUUGGAUUUGGAUAUAUGGUAUUAAUAGUUGGUAUUCUUCACUGGUAGCGGGUAUUUCCAAUCAAUCAGAUUUUUCACGCUUCAAUUCGAGGCCGAUCCAUUCUUACGUCGGAACCAUUGUGGGUUGUAAUUUAAUGGGCUUCAUAGUCCCUCUCUUUGGAAUUUUGACUGCAAGUGCAAUGCUUGAAAAAUAUGGUGAGCAGUUCUGGAUGCCCAAUGAUAUCUGCAUGUUUUGGCUUGAGCAAAACUACAGCUCCAAAGCUAGGGCUGGUGCUUUUUUUUGUGGAUUGGGUCUUGUAAUAUCCCAAUUGAGCAUUAAUUGUGUUGGAAAUGCAAUUUCUGGUGGGAUGGACUUAUCCUCAAUAUUUCCAAAGUACAUUAAUAUCAGAAGAGGCGCUAUUGUUAUUCUUUUGUUAGCCUGGCCAACACAACCAUGGCUCUUCUAUAAUACAAGCUCAACUUUUUUGACUGUAAUGUCCUCAUUUUCUGUAUUUAUCACUCCAUUGGUGGCAAUUUACAUUUCUGAGUACUUUUACGUGAGAAGGCGAAUUCUCAAACUUUCACAUUGUUACAUUAAUACCUCAGAUAGCUUGUAUUGGUAUCAUGGGGGAUUUAAUUUUAAAGCAAUAUUAUGUUUUCUAUGUGGAUGCGCUCCUGGAUUACCAGGAUUGAUAAAUGCAGCAAAUCCAGGAAUUGAAAUCAACUUAGGCAUAUAUCAUUUCUACGAAGGAUCUUUCAUAUUCCAGUUUGCAAUAACUUUUCUACUUUAUAUGAUUGCUAGUCAUGUCUGGAAAAGUCCGGUUGGAGAUCGAGAUGAUAUCGAUCUUUUUGAUACUUAUACAAUCGAAGAGUGCUCAAGAAUUGGAAUGGUUCCUUUUUCAGAAGAUAAGGAAGAAGAUCAAUCAUCAUACGCAGAGCAUUACACAGUGCAAGUUUUGACUGAAAAGGUAACGUAA